AUGGACGACCUCAAACGCGCCAUCUAUUCCGCCUCCUCUGCAACGCUGAGGUCAACAUUGGAAAUUUCGGGUUUUGGAAGCGCAGACCUGCUUUCCCGGUUUCAUGCAUUCGGUUCCAAACUGCCGGAAAAAGAAACUGCUGAAACACCAUUGAAGCAGCAGCCUAGUAAUGCAAGACUACCAAAGCAGCAGCAGCAAGUCAACAGGUCUACCAACAACCAUUACAUAAAUGUCGUCCGGAGUCCCGGAUUGAGUGCAUUCGCUCCACUUCAACUAGGAUCUGCAACUAUUCACAACAACUUCUGGAUUCCUCUUAUUGCCACAAUGACCAUCCAACCAUCCGUGUCCGUUCUUAUCACUGGAUGUAGCAGUGGGGGUAUCGGGCAUGCCCUUGCCAUGAGAUUCCAGCAAGAAGGCUUAACGGUAUUUGCCUCGGCGCGCACAAUUUCCAAGAUGGGUGAAUUGGUCACUAUGCCGCAUGUAACUCCGGUGGCCCUUGACGUGACCAGUGUCGACAGUAUCCAGGCCGCCGUCACCGUCGUGGAAAAAGCUACUGGCGGGCGACUCGACUAUCUCGUUAACAAUGCAGGGAUAUUUGCCUCCAUCCCCCUUCUCGAUGUGCCAAUGGACGACGCCAAACGCCUCUUCGACACGAACGUUUGGGGCGCCUUGAACGUCACCCAGGCAUUCUCGCCGCUGCUGAUCCGUGCCAAAGGAACGAUUGUCUAUAUCAGCUCAGUGACCAGCUGCCUGCAUACUCCCUGGAUCGGGGUCUACAGCAUGUCCAAAGCGGCCAUGAACGUCCUCGGAGAAACACUGCGUCUAGAAUUGUCCCCGUUUGACGUGAAAGUCCUUACAGUAAUCACCGGCGCCGUAGACACGCAGAUCUUCGAUAACACCCUCCGCAUGACGCUGCCGGCGGACUCGCCAUACCACCCUUUUCUCGAGAAUAUCGAGAAGCGAGCUCAGACCAAGGCUGAAGAAGACCUGUUUCCAUCCUGGAUGCCCGCUGAUCAGUUUGCUAACAAGGUGGUCAAUGAUGUGGUGCGCAAGGGAAAGACAGGUCUCACUUGGAGAGGGGCUACUGCGUCGUGGAUUCGUGUCACGACGAAGUAUCUCUGGUCAGGAAUUAUUGAUCGUUAUCUGGCUUACAAGAGUGGCCUUUGA